UCACGGAAAAGGAAGAGAGGGCGUCAGGUGUCAUGACGUCACUGGGCGCAGGUGAAAGGUGUAUUCUCUGACUCGUUUUAAAUUGAAACCGCAGAAGCCGUCGAGCAGGAAAUUCCUCUCUGUCGCUACACACCCUCCGUAAAAACACUCGAGCGGCUCGUCUGGACUUUUAGUUCCCUGCGAAAAAAGACUCAAAGUUGCCAGAAUGAGCAAAAUCUCUAAAUUGUUCAAGGGCAGCAGCUCGAGCUCGAGCUCGUCGAGCUCCUCCAGGUCCAAACACCGGUCCAGAGGCGGACCGACGCCGCAGGAGGCCAUCCACAGACUGAGGGAGACCGAGGAAAUGCUGACCAAGAAACAAGAUUACCUGGAGAAGAAGAUAGAGCAAGAGAUCAUGGUCGCCAAGAAGCAUGGCACGAAGAACAAGAGAGCUGCUCUUCAAGCGCUGAAGAGGAAGAAGCGAUUGGAAGCGCAGCUCACUCAGAUCGACGGCACGCUGUCCACCAUCGAGUUUCAGAGAGAAGCUCUGGAGAACUCGCACACCAACACUGAGGUCCUCAACAAUCUGUCCUUUGCCACCAAGGCCAUGAAGAAAGUUCACGAGAACAUGGACCUCGACAAGAUUGAUGAUAUGAUGCAGGACAUCACAGAACAGCAGGACGUGGCUCAAGAGAUCAGUGAAGCCAUUUCCCGACCGUUCGGCGAGACAUUCGAUGAGGAUGAGCUGCUGGCGGAGCUGGCAGAGCUGGAACAGGAAGACCUUGAGGAGAGCAUGAAGAGUAUGGGCGGACUUCCCAGCGUGCCCAGCUCCAAAUUGCCUUCAGCACGGCACGGCCACCGCACAACAACCAAGAAGAGGGUUGAAGAGGAUGACGACAUGCAUAUGCUGGCAUCGUGGGCAACUUAAGUACCUGAAGCCAGCCUGAUUUGAGUUAUAGAGAAUAUGUUUUGGAAAGAUUUAUUUUUAUUUUUAUUUUAUUUUUAGGGAAAAUGAAGAGAAUUAUAUUAUUUUUUAAAGACAUUUGGUCUAUAACCUUCUUAUGGUGUUUUCACCUUAUAUUCAUCAAGAAAUGACAAUUUUAAGUGAAGGAAUCUACAAAUGUUAUACUUUAAUAUGUUUUUCUUUUCUUUACUGCUUCUUUUUCUUUUAAUUUUUCAUUCGUACCUAUCAUGAGAAUCUCCUGCUUAUAUAAACCUAAUGAAGACGUAAAGAGGACUGAGAUGUUUUUAACACAUUUAGCAAAAUGCUUCACUGUGUGUCAGACCAUUGUAAAUAAACUGGGAUGUUGCAAAAACACUGUAAAUAUAUUGCUUUUCAAUGUUCAACAAUAAAAUCACCCCCAUAAUAA